AUGGCAUGGAUGGUGGAUAGCCCCCAUAAGAGAUACCUCCGGUGGAUAGCCCCCAGAAGAGAUGUCUCCGUUGGCAUUGAUCCCAAGACAGAGGUGGUGGUGGUAGAAAGACUCGAGGGGAUCAACUUCUGGAUCGGGUUCAAUAAGCAAACGUGGAGGGUGAUGCUGCGUGCUGCUAGGGGAGCCUCUGACACCGACAAUGUCGACGAGAGAGAAGGAGAAGGCUCUGCGUCCAUGGGGCGACUAAGGAGCUUCACCAUCUCGAUAUCGGUGGCCAACGCCAAGGACUACCUUCCCCUCAUUUUCAAACAGGGCUUUUCCUUUGAGGAGCUGAGCCGGCGGCCCAGCGUCUCCAAGAUCCUGCUGCCCGGCUUCCUCAAGGACGAGCCCCUGGAGGCGGGCCCGGAGGGCGACGGGUGCUGGCUGGAGCUGCGGCCCCCCGAGGCCGCCCUGCGCUCGCCCACCUCCUUCUCCUCCGAGGAGCUCUCGCCCGCCGGCGGCGGCGGCGGCAACGGCAGCGGAGGGGGCGAGAGCCAGCUCAGCCCGGAGGCCGUGCCCACCUGCUGCUGGGCGCCGCUGGCCGAGCCCGAGAGCCCCGAGCGCCUGCUGGAGAGGCUGCUGGAGAGACUGGCCGGCGAGCCCACCGCGCCCCACGGGCAUGGCUGCGGCGCAGACUUGCUUCUAGAUGACAUCGUCCUCACCCACUCGUUGUUCCUGCCCACCGAGCAGUUCCUGCACCAACUACAUCAGCACUUCAUGACGGCGUCAACAAUCCCUUCACCCCCGUGUUGGAAGGACGGUGAGGCCACCCAUCGGAAGCGAGCCGUUUUGGUUAUCUUGCUGCAUUUCCUUGAGACCUACAAAGGGAUCUUGCAGGAAGAGGAGAAAGCAGGCAAAGUCAUUAAGGAUCUGUACUUGCUGAUCAUGAAAGACUCCUCCCUCUACCACAAACUGGAAGAUGAAAUUCUGAAGUUACAUCAACUUGUUGAGACGGUGGAGCUCAAGGUGACUGAUGAAAGCCAACCCCCUAGCAAACAAGUCAAACCCCUUUUCCGGCACUUCCGUCGCAUAGAUUCUUGCCUUCAGACACGGGUCGCUUUCCGCGGGUCGGAUGAAAUCUUCUGCCGCGUCUACAUGCCUGACCACUCCUACGUCACCAUCCGCAGCCGCCUCUCUGCCUCCGUGCAGGACAUCCUCGCCUCUGUGACGGAGAAGCUCCAGUAUUCUGACGAGCAGCCCACACGGGAAGAGGCCCUCAUCCUGGUGGCCGUGGCAUCGUCAGGAGAGAAAUCUGUGCUGCAGCCGAAUGAAGAGUGUGUUUUCACCACCCUGGGGAUCAACAGCCAUCUCUUUGCCUGCACCAAGGAUACUUUUCCGUCAGUGGUCCCUCUCCCCGAUGAAAUCCAGGUGUCGCCGGGUGACACGGAGAUCCACCGAGUUGAAGCUGAGGACGUGGCGAAUCACCUCACGGCCUUCCACUGGGAAUUGUUCCGCUGUGUCCAUGAGUUGGAAUUUGUGGACUACGUUUUCCACGGGGAACGUGGCCGGCGGGAGACGGCUAAUCUGGAGCUGCUGCUGCAGCGUUGCAGCGAAGUUCAGCACUGGGUGGCCACGGAGGUGUUGCUGUGUGAGUCGCUGGGGAAGCGAGCGCACCUGCUCAAGAAGUUCAUCAAGAUCGCUGCUGUGUGCAAACAGAAUCAAGACAUGUUGACGUUCUAUGCUGUGGUGAUAGGACUGAACAAUGCACCUGUCAGCCGGUUGCGUCUCACCUGGGAGAAGCUUCCCGGCAAAUUUAAGAACCUGUUCCGGAAAUUUGAGAAUCUCACGGACCCCUGUCGGAAUCAUAAGAGCUACAGAGAAGUCCUCUCUAGGAUGAAACCCCCCAUCAUCCCCUUCGUGCCCCUCAUCCUAAAAGACCUGACCUUUUUGCAUGAAGCCAGCAAAACCUUGGUGGACGGACUGGUCAAUAUAGAGAAGCUGCACUCUGUGGCGGAAAAAGUUCGGACAAUCAGGAAGUGCCGGAGCAGGCCUCUCUGCCUGGAAAUGGAGUCGUCCCCUCAACAGCUGCAGACAAAGGCGUACGUCCGGCAGUUCCAAGUCAUAGACAAUCAGAACCUGCUCUUUGAGCUCUCUCACAAGCUGGAGUUGAACAGCCAGUGAGGCUGGGUGGGUGGGUCCUAGCAAGGAAUGUUUACUCUGUGGGAUACUUGAGCACUUUUGGGGGUGGACAAGGGGUUUUGCCUCCUGAGCUUUGCCCUGCUUGGAGGGGCAACAGCAUGAAGUUUGCAAAUGGCAGGGAUGACUGACCUUGGGCAGGGAUGGCCCAAGACCUUUGGAUGCCUGGGGUGGAAAAUGCAUCUGGUACCUCGCUUUCUUACUCGUUAACAUGGGACACCAUCUACUGGGACGUUUUCCUACCAAUGGAACUGAAGGUUUUUUUCUUUCUUUUUUUGCUGCCAUUUAAUGGUGCUCCAGAUUUUACUUAAUGGCAGAGCCCACCCUCGGCUUUCCCUCAUUCUCAUUUUCCUCUCUUGUAAGUUCCUGUUUCUUUGGGGUUUUCUUCUUUUUCUGAACGCGCUUUGCUCCCUCUAGUGGUUGAUUCGAUAUUACAUCGGUUUGUGUCAGACAUAUCUGCCUGCAGACUUAAACUGCAUGUUUUUAUGCCAGACAUAAACUGGUGUAUUAUAGAAUCGACCACUAGAAGGCUCCACAUGUGGAAGAGAAAAACCUGGGAAGAAACAGGAACUUGCAAGUGAGGAAAAUUAAAAUGAGGGAAGGAACCCUGUCUCCUGCAAAGGCAUCAUUUGUGUUUCUGGGCUCUCUGCAAAAAGGUUCAUACCAAUGAAAUGUACACAGGAGAACUUUCCUGACGGAUCGUGUCCCACCCACAGACUCCAUUGGUCUCUCAUACUUUUGCCUCUUACAGCACUCAGAAUCUACUACCUGAGGCAGCUGCUUCACAUUGUGUUGUGGUAGAAACACCCCUGACAGGCCUUUAGAGGGUGGUUAGGACUUAAAACAAAACAAAACAAACAGUGUUUUCUACCGGAGGUCAUGCAGAAGCGGGAUUUCUUGUCUUAUUUGCAGGAAAGCACGAACAAAAGGUCAAUGCCCUAACUGGGCAGUUUCUCUCCCUACCGAGAGCAUAAAGGAACAAGUUCUUUGAAAAACUACAAAGUUUUGAAUUAGAUAAAUAAGCUGCCAAGGUCGUGAAUCUAACACAGUACGGUUGCCAGAGGCAGCAUGUACAGAAAUGUCAAGAAAUGUUAAUUUUCUAUCUUUUAAUCCUCCUCUUAUUUCUAUAUCGUCGGUGUCUAUUUAUAUUUCCACCUUGGAAAGGUUUGAUGUGGAAACCUUUUAUAUGAUUAAAUAUUUCAAGGAG